AUGGAAAACAGCUCAUAUUCACAGAUUAUUGAGGAUAGCAUAAGAUUGCAUUUCGAACGAAAUGGAAUCUUGGACGAGAUGCGCAGCGGACUGCAUGUGAAGGUCCUUAAAAUGAUGCGUGGAGAAAUGGAUCUGGGAAGGGACGAACCGCUCUGUGGUGGCGAUAUGCAGCAACGGGGCUUGCUGCAGCUGCUCAACUACCUGGUGGUGGACUAUUUCGCCUGGUAUGGCUACAAGCAUACCCUGGAGACAUUCGCACUGGAAACGGGCGACAAUGGCCAAGAGAAGCCGCGUGAAAAGCUGCAGCGCGAAUUCGGUGACGACUUUGACAACAAGGAUCUGCCCAUCCUCCUGCAAAUGCUGAUGAAGCAGACCAACAAGACGAAUGAUAAUAAAUUGCCCAAGGACAAGGUGGAACGUAUCGAAACUAAGCCACAGGCAAGCCCGACAAAGAAAUUACCGGUAGCCAGAACUGUGGUAAAGGAUAUUCCACCUGAGGGCAAUACAAGCAUAAUAAAGAAAUUCCUUACACAAAAUCAACCCGAGAAUAAUUCAAGUAAACAAAUAAAACUCCACACGACCAGUCCACUUAAAAAGGCUAUAAGAACUCCACUUGCCAAGGUGAAUGUGCGGCAAAGUAUGGUCGAGUCUGUGAAGCGAGCACAAAGUCCUAAAUAUGCGAAACGCAAGAUAAAUACAACGGCAGGCUCAAGAAAAACCGACUAUGAAUCAAGUUCUCAAGCAUCCGAAGAAGAGUCUGGCUCGGAUGAUGGUGAUACAUCCUAUGAUAGCGAUGCUUUUGCCGAAAUACCCAAUAGGUAUUACUAUCGCGAGCAAGAACCACCCGAGAAGAUAUAUCCAGAUGGCUUUGGCGAGGAGGGUCCUUACGAGGGUCCCAGUCAGUCGAAAGUGCACAAUCAGCUGAAUUCACGAAACAUUGUGAAACGAAAGCCCUUAAGGAUCUAUGAAAUGCAGAAUGACAUUGACAAGGAGAAGCCACAUUGCAGCAACAGGGAUAAUGGCAAGCCCAAGGCCAAGUCUUCGGGUCAAAAUACACCAAAGCGUAACAAAUGCUUGUUUCAAUCGCAAAAACAUAUUAUUUCCUCCAACAAUGACCUGCAUAUGCCAGUUAGUAAGCCGAAAUGCCCCGAAACUAUGGUUGGCAACAUGCAGGAGAGCACCGACGACAGCGAUGAGGAUAGCGAUGAGUACCUAUAA